AUGAAUGGGAAAAAGGAUAGCAUAGAAAUUAGCAUUCCUACUAAUAAACCUGAUUCUGAGAGUAGUAUCAAAUGUAGCAUGAGUAAAGUUUGGUGUAUUUGGAAGGAAGAUGAAGUAAUAUUUGGCCUCAAAGCAGGACUAUCUGUAGUUGUAGUGUCCCUAUUAGCACUAUUUAAAGCCCCCUACCAUGUCUUUGGCACCAAUAUCAUCUGGGCCAUUAUCACUGCUAUCAUCGUCUUCGAAUACACUGUUGGAGCAACGUUUAACCGAGGUUUUAAUCGAGCACUAGGAAGCUUGCUGGCGGGAAUCUUGGCCAUAGCUGUUGUUCAUAUAGCGCUCUGGUGUGGCAGUGUCGCUCAACCUAUUAUUAUUGGCCUUAGCAUCUUCUUCGUUGCGAGCAUAGCGUCAAUGCUGAGAAUUUGGCCAUGGCUUGUGCAAUAUGAGUACGGGUUCAGGGUGAUACAGAUAAGCUACUGCUUGAUCAUAAUCUCUGGAUACAGAAUGGGGAACCCAAUUAAGAGUAUGGUGGAUCGCUGGUAUUCAAUCGCCAUUGGAGGAAUCAUUUCAGUGUGUGUCAAUGUCUUUGUUUAUCCUAUGUGGGCUGGUGAUCAGCUUCAUAACGAUCUUGUUAAAUGCUUUUAUUCACUCGCAGAUUCGCUCCAGGGUAAUUAA